AUGAGCAUGGGAUCAACUUCUGAUACAUUACUACAGUUAGGCUAUCUCUCAUUAAUAAUCGGUAUUAUAGCAUUCUUUGUUCCAAUUCUAGUAAAACUAACGAAGUGUUCAGGCCAAAAUAAUGAGCUAAACAACAUAAAGUCAUCAGAUGAUGUAAGUGAAGAGAGCGAAGUUAACUUAAGCCCAAACAAUGAUGGAACAGACAGAGUAUAUGUGGCAUUGCCAUCUGAUGAUUUAAAUGAAGCAUACGCAAAAGGCCUCACCUCUGUAAGAGAACAAGAGGACACAGAGCCAGAAACACGCUACAACUUCGCAGCAAAAAAGAAAGACCUUCAUAGUUCAUCUCUUAGUCCCUCAGGAUUUAGAAUAACCAUGCACAAGAUUGGUAGGCUAUACCCAUCAGUUAUACAGUACUCGUUGAUUGGCUUUUUAUUUUUUAUUGUUGGUAUGGUGCUUAUUAUUAUGGCUAUUAACGAAAGAAUAGGUAAAGUACCCGAAAUUAUUUAUAACGUCUAA